GCACUUGUUGCUCAGUGGCGCUCGCAAAGGAGUCGGCGCGCCCUGCGGCAGGUCGAAGGACGAGAGUCAAUCGAAGCUCCUGGAUCCUUUGGGCUGUCCGUGCAGCAAGAAAUUGAAGAGCGCAUGGGUGCCUUGAGGGGCAAGAUGGACGCCAUCCGCAAAGGUGACAAAGAUGCACUUCAGCGGUCUUAUUGCAAUGGCUCAGAGCUACAUGGUUCAGUCUUCUGGUGUGACUCUGAUCCCGAUGUGGCUGCGUGCGCCGAUGUGCUGCGGGGAUCUGGGCUGGCGUUGAGUACGUUCACCGAGCCUGAGGCUUUGCUGCAGGCGUACGACGCGUUUCCACAGAACGUGCUCUGCAUCAUGUCCUCCAUGAUGGAGGGAAACGGUCGCAAGGAGCGUGGUGCGAUGAAUGCCUUCGGCCUGUUCUCUUCCAUUCGCCAACGGGUAGAGGCCAGAGAAGACCUGAAACAGCCGCUGCUGGCGGUGAUCUCCUGCUCUGCAGAUGAGAAGGCUGCCCGUGCAGCAGGUGCCGAGAUCGUGGUUUUUGGCAGCCGGUCAAAAGCACAAAACCUGGUGGUCACAAGGCUUCGAAAAUCCUUUGGUCUUCAAGCAGGUUACGUCGGAAAGUGA